CAGGUCACUUUCAACAUGGAGAGUGGAGCAGGAAAGCACUGGACUGAAGAAGAGGUUAAAGCUUUGCUAAGUGUCUGGGCAGAAAAAAAUAUACGAAAACAACUUUAUGGAACACUGAGAAAUAAAGGAAUAUUUAUUUACAUUGCUAAAAGGCUGCAAGCACUAGGAGUAUACAGAGAUUGGAAACAGUGCCGGGCAAAGUACAAAAAUCUCAAAUAUGAAUACAGAACAGUUAAAUAUGCCCAUAACUCUGGAGACAGCUCUAAAACUAUGAAGUUCUUCCAUGAUUUGGAUGCGAUCCUGCAGUAUGAACCUGCCACCCAAUUAACAGAGGAAGAUGCAAAUGGCAGGUGCCUGGCAACGCUGAGCCAAAGUACAGCUCCAGAGACCACCGAAGGUAAAAUGUCAGUUACAUUAGAAGAUAAGGAAGACCUCUCAGGAAAUCCUUUACUUUUGGUUUCUCACAUCAAACCAAUGGAACUAGGUAACUCUACAUCAAUUAUGGAACCCCCUAUUAAUCCAACUUUUAUUCCAACUGUAGCAAAUGAAGGAGGAAAACACUGGACUGUGCCAGAAAUUAGGGCUCUAAUAGGCAUCUGGUCUGAUAUAAGAAUACAACAACAACUGGAGGGAACAGUGAGAAAUAAAAGGAUAUUUGAACAAAUUGCUGCGAAGCUUCAGAAAUUUGGAAUAGAGAGAGAUUGGAAACAGUGCAGAACAAAGUACAAAAACUUAAAACAUGAAUAUAAGAUUGUAAGAAUGGCUCAAGACCAAGGAAUAACUAAGAGUAUGAAAUUUUUUACUGAGCUGGAUGCCAUUUUGGGACACAAUAAAACAGAAAAAUCACAAGAACAGGAAUUCCAAGAUGGAGAACAAGCCACAGGAUGUGCCAAUGUAAAAAGAGAAGAGGAUCGGACAGUCAUUGCUGGAGAAGCAGCUGAAGAUGAUUUAGUCAGUAAUAUGUCAGAAGACCUAAGAGAGAGAGAAGUAAAACAAAGUCCUGGCACAGAGGAAGACACUGUAAGUACAGCCUCAGAAGAGGUGGACAGCCCCACAGCACUACAGAGUAUCACUGGGUCAGGUAAUCAUAUUCCUUUAGAAGAUGCUAAAAAUCAUUUACAGAUUAUAACAGUGAGCGACACAGAGGCUGGAAAACACUGGUGUGACAAUGAGGUCAGAGCGCUUAUACACAUAUGGUCUGAUGAAAAAAUUAAGCAAACGCUUGAAAGGGCCACAAGAAACAAAGAAAUAUUUGAGGAAAUUGCCAGAAGACUAAUGCAGUUUGGAAUAGACAGAGACUGGAAACAAUGUCGUACCAAAUACAAAAAUUUAAAAUAUGAAUACAGAGUUUUACAAAAGAAAAAUGGCAACCCUCAAAGAAAAAUGAGAUUUUAUGAAGAAGUUGACUGCAUCUUAAGAGGACCAGCUCUCAGAACUGCCAAAUGGAAACAUGAAUUUUUUGAAGGUCACGCCAAAAACCCAAGAACUCUGAGCAUCAAAAGAAAAGCACAUGAAGAUGAACCAGUGUCUGUAUCUCUUAAGAAAACUGCUCCUGAGAUCACUGCAAAUCGGUUUCCUCAGAGCAUAACACAACGAAAAGAUUCUACAGAAUGUUUCUACAGACAGGAGACCCCCUACGUGAUCCAACUUCAUCAGAGCCCUGCCUCUGUUCCCAGCGCGGCGUUUGCCCUCAGCCCACGCAGGAUAAUGGCUACAGCUGAGGUGCUGAAUAUUGGUAAAAAACUCUAUGAGGGUAAAACAAAAGAAGUCUAUGAAUUGCUAGAUAGUCCAGGAAAAGUCCUCCUUCAGUCCAAGGACCAGAUUACAGCAGGAAAUGCAGCCAGAAAGAAUCACCUGGAAGGAAAAGCUGCAAUCUCAAAUAAAACUACCAGUUGUAUUUUUCAGUUGUUACAAGAAGCAGGUAUCAAAACUGCUUUCACCAGAAAAUGUGGGGAGACAGCUUUCAUUGCACCUAAGUGUGAAAUGAUUCCAAUUGAAUGGGUUUGCAGAAGAAUAGCAACGGGUUCUUUUCUCAAAAGAAAUCCUGGUGUCAAGGAAGGAUAUAAGUUUUACCCACCUAAAGUGGAGAUGUUUUUCAAGGAUGACGCCAAUAAUGAUCCACAGUGGUCUGAAGAACAGCUAAUUGCUGCAAAAUUUUGCUUUGCUGGACUUGUUAUAGGCCAAACUGAAGUGGAUAUCAUGAGUCAUGCUACACGGGCUAUUUUUGAAAUACUGGAGAAAUCUUGGUUGCCCCAGAAUUGUACACUGGUUGACAUGAAGAUUGAAUUUGGUGUUGAUGUAACCACCAAAGAAAUUGUUCUUGCUGAUGUUAUUGAUAAUGAUUCCUGGAGACUCUGGCCAUCAGGAGAUCGAAGCCAACAGAAAGACAAACAGUCAUAUCGUGACCUCAAAGAAGUAACUCCUGAAGGGCUCCAGAUGGUAAAGAAAAAUUUUGAGUGGGUUGCAGAAAGAGUAGAGUUGCUUCUGAAAUCAGAAAGUCAGUGCAGAGUUGUAGUAUUAAUGGGCUCAACUUCGGAUCUGAGUCACUGUGAAAAAAUCAAGGCGGCUUGUGGAAAAUUUGGCAUUCCAUGUGAACUUCGGGUAACAUCUGCCCAUAAAGGACCAGAUGAAACUCUGAGAAUUAAAGCAGAGUAUGAAGGGGAUGGCAUUCCUACUGUAUUUGUGGCAGUGGCAGGCAGAAGCAAUGGUUUAGGACCAGUGAUGUCUGGUAACACUGCAUACCCAGUGAUCAACUGUCCUCCACUCACUCCAGACUGGGGAGCUCAGGAUGUGUGGUCUUCUCUUCGACUACCCAGUGGUCUUGGCUGUUCAACCAUACUGUCCCCAGAAGGAUCAGCUCAGUUUGCUGCUCAGAUAUUUGGAUUAAACAACCAUUUGGUAUGGGCCAAACUGCGAGCAAAUAUAUUGAACACAUGGAUUUCCUUGAAACAGGCUGACAAGAAAAUCCGAGAGGGCAAUUUAUAAGAACAUCAUUGUUUUGGGGUUUUUUUUUGUUUGUUUGUUUGCUUUUAGGAGAAAAACUACAUUUCUUCUUUAGCUUCAGAAAAAAAAAAAUCAAAAUUUUUUAAAUCAGAGAAAACAAUUUACUAGUGAAUAAAUGCUUUUCUAGAUUCAUGGGUUAGUAGACUAUAUGGACAUAAUUAUUAGCAUUUCUUUAGAGGAAGUGAAAUUACUGUAAGAAUACUUUUAAAAUCUCUUUAGCUAUUGUAUGGUCAUUGUUAGGUAGAUAACAAUCAGAUAUAUUUCUUAAAUGCUGAUAAUGUCCUAUUGUCGAGCUCUAAAGUUACUACUUGACCUUCUGAAUCUCAACCCAUAAGUUUUAGAAAGUUAAAAUGCCUGUAUCUUAGAAUGAUAAGAGAAAAAUAUAGUCAGUCCUCUUUUACAUUAUGAUCUUUAUAAAAUCCUAAGGGCAUGUUGUUUUAUUUGCAGUCAGUAUCUCAGAAUAGAUGUGUAUUUAGCUGUAGACAGAGAUGCUGCUUUGUUUUGUUUUUGCUUGUUUUCUUAAGUUGAGAUGGGUGUUAGGGGUAGGAAAGACUAAGUAGGAUAAAGGGAUACUGUGGAAGCCAUGGAAAGGGGACUUUUCUGAGAACUUUUCUGCUGGGUGUUAGGGCAAUUCCCCAUGGAAAAAAAAAGUAUAGUGUGAAUCACCUUUGCCAUUCCAAAUGAAAGAUUUACUUAGCUAUUAUGGGUGCCUCUGUGAUCCUAAAAUUCUUUUAAUUCUGAUAAUACAUGUUUUAGCCAAACUAACAAUCCUCAGCCUAAUGUCAUUUUUGAAAACUGGAAUCUCCUAGUUGAUAACCAUUAAGUAGUUUCUUUCUUACCACAGAAGUCUGAGCAGGGUACCCAGUGAGAUUCACCUCUAAGAGAGCAGUUGUUACUGAGAGGUGUUAUAGUUCAUCAUCAAUCUGUAAGCCAUAUUUGGAAGUCACUGUUAGGUUGUGCAGUCCUGAGUACUUUUUAUAGAUCACUAAACUUUAAUCUGAAUAUCCAUGAACUCCUAAAACUUCCAGGUAAAAUUUUACAUAUAUGUUCA